AUGAGUUUAUUAAAAUGUGCUUUUUGUUUAGGGUUUGAACUACAGUUCCGACUGGGCCCAACUUUACAGGGAAAAGCGGUUACUGUGUAUACAAAUUACCCAUUUCCUGGAGAAACAUUUAAUCGAGAAAAAUUCCAUUCCCUGGGUUGGGAAAAUCCAACCGAAAGAGAAGAUGAUUCUGAUAAAUACUGUAAACUUAAUCUGCAACAGUCUGGUUCAUUUCAGUAUUAUUUCCUUCAAGGAAAUGAGAAAAGUGGUGGAGGUUACAUAGUUGUGGAUCCCAUUUUACAUGUUGGUGCUGAUAAUCAUGUGUUACCCUUGGACUGUGUUACUCUCCAGACGUUUUUAGCUAAGUGUUUGGGACCUUUUGAUGAAUGGGAAAGCAGACUUAGGGUUGCAAAAGAAUCAGGUUACAAUAUGAUUCAUUUCACCCCAUUGCAGACUCUUGGACUAUCUAGGUCAUGCUACUCCCUUGCCAAUCAGUUAGAAUUAAAUCCUGACUUUUCAAGACCUAAUAAAAAGUACACAUGGACUGAUGUUGGACAGCUAGUGGAAAAAUUGAAAAAGGAAUGGAAUAUUCUUUGUAUUACUGACGUUGUCUACAAUCAUACUGCUGCUAAUAGUAAAUGGCUCCAGGAACAUCCAGAAUGUGCAUAUAAUCUUGUGAAUUCUCCACACUUAAAACCUGCCUGGAUCUUAGACAGAGCUCUUUGGCAUUUCUCCUGUGAUGUUGCACAAGGAAAAUACAAAGGAAAAGGAAUACCUGCUUUGAUUGAAAAUGAUCAACACAUGAAUUGCAUUCGAAAAAUAAUUUGGGAGGAUAUUUUUCCAAAGAUUCAACUCUGGGAAUUUUUCCAAGUAGAUGUUUACAAAGCAGUUGAACAAUUUAGAGGACUUCUUACACAAGGAAAUAGGAGGGUAACCAAGUCUGAUCCAAACCAACAUCUUAAGAUUAUUCAGGAUCCUGAAUAUAGACGGCUUGGCUGUACUGUAGAUAUGAACAUUGCCCUAGCGACUUUCAUACCACAUGACAAUGGGCCAGCUGCAAUUGAAGAAUGCUGUAAUUGGCUUCGUAAGAGAAUUGAGGAAUUAAAUUCAGAGAAGCUUCGACUCGUGAACUAUCAUCAGGAACAGGCAGUUAAUUGCCUUUUGGGAAAUGUGUUUUAUGAACGACUAGCUGGCCAUGGUCCUAAACUAGGACCUGUCACUAGAAAACAUCCUUUAGUUACCAGAUAUUUUACUUUCCCCUUUGAGGAAGUGGCUUUCUCAACAGAAGAAUCUAUGAUUCAUCUUCCAAAUAAAGCUUGUUUUCUGAUGGCACAUAAUGGAUGGGUAAUGGGAGAUGAUCCUCUUAGAAACUUUGCUGAACCAGGUUCAGAUGUUUAUUUAAGGAGAGAACUAAUUUGCUGGGGAGACAGUGUUAAAUUACGCUAUGGGAAUAAACCAGAGGACUGUCCUUAUCUCUGGGGACACAUGAGAAAAUAUACUGAACUAACUGCGACAUAUUUCCAGGGAGUACGUCUUGAUAACUGCCACUCAACACCUCUUCAUGUUGCUGAGUACAUGUUGGAUGCUGCUAGGAAAUUGCAACCCAAUUUAUAUGUAGUAGCUGAACUGUUCACAGGAAGCGAAGAUCUGGACAAUAUCUUUGUUACUAGACUGGGCAUUAGUUCCUUAAUAAGAGAGGCUAUGAGUGCCUAUAACAGUCAUGAAGAGGGCAGAUUAGUUUACCGAUAUGGGGGAGAACCUGUUGGAUCCUUUGUUCAGCCCUGUUUGAGGCCUUUAAUGCCUGCUAUCGCACACGCCCUUUUUAUGGAUAUUACCCAUGACAAUGAGUGUCCUAUUGUGCACAGAUCAGCAUACGAUGCUCUUCCAAGUUCAACAAUUGUUUCCAUGGCAUGUUGUGCUAGUGGAAGUACGAAAGGCUAUGAUGAAUUAGUACCUCAUCAGAUUUCAGUGGUUUCUGAAGAACGAUUUUACACUAAGUGGAAUCCUGGAGCAUUGCCAUCAAAUACAGGUGAAGUUAAUUUCCAAAGUGGAAUUAUUGCAGCCAGGUGUGCUAUCAAUAAACUUCAUCAGGAGCUUGGAGCCAAGGGUUUUAUUCAGGUAUAUGUGGAUCAAGUUGAUGAAGACAUAGUGGCAGUAACAAGGCAUUCACCUAGUAUCCAUCAGUCUGUUGUUGCUGUAUCUAGAACUGCUUUCAGAAAUCCUAAGACUUCAUUUUAUAGCAAGGAAGUGCCUCAAAUGUGCAUCCCUGGCAAAAUUGAAGAAGUAGUUCUUGAAGCUAGAACUGUUGAGAGAAAUACAAAUCCCUAUAGGAAGGAUGAGAAUUCAAUCAAUGGAAUGCCAAAUAUCACAGUAGAAAUUAGAGAACAUAUUCAGCUUAAUGAAAGUAAAAUUGUUAAACAAGCUGGAGUUACCACAAAAGGGCCCAAUGAAUAUGUUCAAGAAAUAGAAUUUGAAAACUUGUCUCCAGGAAGUGUUAUUAUAUUCAGAGUUAGUCUUGAUCCACAUGCGCAAGUUGCUGUUGGAAUUCUUCGAAAUCAUCUGACACAAUUCAGUCCUCACUUUAAAUCUGGGAGCCUUGCUGUUGACAACUCAAGUCCUAUAUUAAAAAUUCCUUUUGCUUCUAUUGCCUCUAAAUUAACUUUGGGUGAGUUAAAUCAGAUACUUUACCGAUGUGAAUCAGAAGAACAGGAAGAUGGUGGAGGGUGCUACACCAUACCAAACUGGUCAGCCCUUAAAUAUGCAGGUCUUCAAGGAUUGAUGUCUGUAUUGGCAGAAAUAAGACCAAAGAAUGACUUGGGGCAUCCUUUUUGUGAUAAUUUGAGAUCUGGAGAUUGGAUGAUUGACUAUGUCAGCAGCCGGCUUAUUUCACGAUCAGGAACUAUUGCUGAAGUUGGUAAAUGGUUGCAGGCUAUGUUCUUCUACCUGAAGCAGAUCCCACGUUAUCUUAUCCCAUGUUACUUUGAUGCUAUACUAAUUGGUGCAUAUACCACUCUUCUGGAUAUAGCAUGGAAGCAGAUGUCAAGCUUUGUUCAGAAUGGUUCAACCUUCGUGAAACACCUUUCGCUGGGUUCAGUUCAAAUGUGUGGAGUAGGAAGAGUCCCUUCUCUGCCACUUCUUUCACCUACACUUAUGGAUGUACCAUAUAGGCUAAAUGAAAUCACAAAAGAAAAGGAGCAAUGUUGUGUUUCUCUAGCCGCAGGGUUACCUCAUUUUUCUUCUGGUCUUUUCCGCUGCUGGGGAAGGGAUACUUUCAUUGCACUUAGAGGCACACUGCUGAUAACUGGACGCUAUUUAGAGGCCAGGAAUAUUAUUUUAGCAUUUGCUGGUACCCUGAGGCAUGGUCUCAUUCCUAAUCUCCUCGGUGAAGGAACUUAUGCCAGAUACAAUUGCCGGGAUGCUGUGUGGUGGUGGCUACAGUGUAUUCAGGAUUACUGUAAAAUGGUUCCAAACGGUCUAGACAUUCUCAAGUGCCCAGUAUCCAGAAUGUAUCCUACAGAUGACUCUGUUCCUUUGCCUGCUGGCACACUGGAUCAACCAUUGUUUGAGGUAAUACAGGAAACUAUGCAAAGACACAUGCAGGGCAUACAGUUCCGAGAAAGGAAUGCUGGUCCACAGAUAGAUCGAAACAUGAAGGAUGAAGGUUUUAAUAUAACUGCAGGGGUUGAUGAAGAAACAGGAUUUGUUUAUGGAGGAAAUCGCUUAAAUUGUGGCACAUGGAUGGAUAAAAUGGGAGAAAGUGACAGAGCUAGAAACAGAGGAAUCCCAGCCACUCCAAGAGAUGGGUCUGCUGUGGAAAUUGUGGGCCUGAGUAAAUCUGCUGUUCGUUGGUUGCUGGAAUUAUCCAAAAAAAAUAUUUUCCCUUAUCAUGAAGUCACAGUUAAAAGACAUGGAAAGAUUGUAACGGUCUCAUAUGAUGAGUGGAACAGAAAAAUACAAGACAACUUUGAAAAGCUGUUUCAUGUUUCAGAAGACCCUUCAGAUUUAAAUGAAAAGCAUCCAAAUCUGGUUCACAAACGUGGCAUAUACAAAGAUAGCUAUGGAGCUUCAAGUCCUUGGUGUGACUACCAGCUCAGGCCUAAUUUUACCAUAGCAAUGGUUGUGGCGCCUGAGCUCUUUACUGUAGAAAAAGCAUGGAAAGCUUUGGAGAUUGCAGAGAAAAAAUUGCUUGGUCCCCUUGGCAUGAAAACUUUAGAUCCAGAUGAUAUGGUUUACUGUGGAAUUUAUGACAAUGCCUUAGACAAUGACAACUACAAUCUUGCUAAAGGCUUCAAUUAUCACCAAGGACCUGAGUGGCUGUGGCCUGUUGGGUAUUUUCUUCGUGCAAAAUUAUAUUUUUCCAGAUUAAUGGGUCCGGAAACUAAUGCAAACACUAUAUUUCUGGUUAAAAAUGUUCUUUCCCGACAUUAUGUUCAUCUUGAGAGAUCUCCUUGGAAAGGACUUCCAGAAUUGACCAAUGAGAAUGGCCAGUACUGCCCUUUUAGCUGUGAAACACAAGCCUGGUCAAUUGCUACUGUUCUUGAGACACUGUAUGAUUUAUAAUUGGUUCAUGGAUAUUUAUUAAGUAUACAAUCACUUGUAUUAUGGAAUACAAGGUCAUAACAUAAAUGUCUUAUAUGCACAGGCUCAAGUCAUUUUAAAAAUCUCAUCUAUUAUAAUAUUGAUGCCCAAUUAGGUAAGAUUGUAAAAGCAUUGAUUUUUCUGUUUUUUGGGAUUUUUAAAAAAAUGUACAGAGGUGGCUUUCUAUUUGAAUCAAAAAGAAACAUAAUUGCCAAUGGAAUGUUUUGAGUUCAGUACAUAUUCUUCAAAUGCCUAGAAAUUCAGAGUUUGAAAAGGAAAAAUCAUCUAUUUGUACGUAAGUGAAAAUAAAAUAUGAAAAUGCAACAAUGAAAUAGAAAGUUAUCUUUAAAUUGUGAUACAUAUUAUCUUCAGUAACAAUACAUGCUGAAUAGGCUGUGGCUCAUUAAUGUUCUCACCAUUUACUAAGUAUACAAUGCACUUUGCUCACUGCAUUCAAUAAAUAUUUAAUGAAUAUUGAAUGAUGGAAGUUUCCACCUACAAUAUAUGUUCAUAAAUGGAGCACAGAUGUUCAAAAUGUACUUUUAUUUUUUUCACUGAUAUAUUAAUAUUUUUUAAUAUAAUGAAUGCCAACAGGGUAUUUAACAUAAUUUACUAUGCUAAUGAUACAUAAGCUAUAUGGAAAAAAAUGCAAAGCAUUAGGAAAUUUCCUAAAAAUGGUUUUGUUUCAUUAGUCUUGAGUUCCAGUUUCCUUACAUGAGAUAGUUUACAUUUUUAAAGUGGAAAUUAUUAGCACUUUAAAGAAAAACUGUUAUAUUAAUUUUCUAAAAACUUAACUAAAUUAUCUUUAGUUUGUGUACAAAAAAAUCUAUUGAUAGAUCAUAGUAGAUACUGGUUUCCUAUUAACCAAAACCUACAUUGACAGGUUUAGCACUGAGAACAAUCUUAAUAAAAAUAAAAAUAUAGAUAUAAGUUCAAUCAUUAUCUUGAAUUGAAUAAAAUUAUUGAAGUUAUUCAAGUUUUUUUUUUAAUUAAAAAACCUAGGCCACAGUGGUGAGAGCACUGCAUCCUAACCACUGGACCACCAGGGACAUGUUAAGAUACCUUGAAUUAAAUCUAAAAAGGUCACAAAAGGAAUAAGGUUUCUAACAUUUAUAUGAGUUGACAUUUUUGAAUAGUACUACUUAUUUCCUAGACGAAAGUCUUUGUUUUUGGGGU